AUUGGUUUUAAGAAGCAAAACCCCAGUUUUUUAGGAGCAAUGGAGCUUGGGAAACUGUGAGUCUGUGAUAAGAGAAACAACUAUGUAAUUUACUAGUUUUAAAAGAAAGAAAAGGAAAAAAAAAAACAAAUUUCUUAUCUUUUCCCUUUUGUGCAAGCCGGUGCAGGCACAGCUGUUAAUCAAAUCUCUAGGCACAGCAGCUUGGGCUGGUACAGAUUUCUUCCUUAUUCAUUCCUUUUUCAUCUGCCUAUUAAUACAAUCUGCAGAUUCUGCAUGUUCGAGUCCCAUAAAAAUCUUUCCUUUUUAGCUAUUUGUCUUUUCUAAAUAUAGACAAUCAAGAAAAGCAGUGGAGCUUUAAAUUGUGAUUUCCCUUUGUAUUAUCUGCAAAAACACCUUAUCCUCCUAGCUGUAUUUGCUUUCUCAAUCUAUAGAAGAUCCAUCAAUCUAAUUUUAUGAUAUCUUCAUGACGUGUUCUGUUCUGUUCUUUCAUCUGUCCUUGAUCUAUAUUUAGCGUAAUCCUUUUUCUAAGUAAAAGGUUGAUCUUUUCCACCCAUUUUGUCUUCCAUUGAUCUCAGCUACUGUUCUUGAAGUUCGAUAAAAGGGAAAGUGAUUGCUUUUUUCGUGCAUAAUUACUUUUCUCGGGAUAACUGAUUAGUAGGCUAGGCUUUUUUCUAAUUCAUGAACUUGGAAAGCAGAGUUAAAGACCAAAUGGUUUGCUUUAGAAGAAACCCACUUCCAUGGUUUGCUGUUCUUGCUCCAUUGCUGAUUUCUGCUGGUUUUUUGGGAUUUGGGUUCUCCUCCGUGCUCCUUACAUCUACAGUAUUGAUCAUCUUGUCUACUGUUUACUUUACAUUCUCAAAAAGCAGAGGAAGCUCAUCGCAAAUGGAAGAUGUUGUGUCAGAACCUGAUCAGCCUGAAAGUGAAUCUAUGUCAGAAAAGAAGGAAGACCAAGAAGUUCAAUAUUUUGUCACAUCACCUGAUUCGCUAUCAGAGAGUGAAGGCAUCUAUCGCUUAUCAACAAGUGAGGAAUCGGAUGGUUCAAUUUCUGACGAGGAAAGCCUCAUUGAAAUUGCUCUUCCAAGUGGGCAAUAUGUUGGUCAUACAGAAGAGCAGCCUAAGGUAAUUAGUAAGCAGCAGAAAGUGGCUGCAGAUUUCUCGCCUGAAUCCUUUUUCCAGCCACAUUGUCUGAUGGAGCUUUUCUCUGAUAUAAAUGAGAUGAACGAGGAAGACAACUUGAUUGAGAUUGACAUCUCCAUGGGCUCCAUCAAGUGUUCAAGGUUUGAGAUCGAAGCUUGAGUUAGUGUUUAAUUUGAAGUCAUGAUAAAUAACUUUUACUGUUGAAGUUUUUGAUCCGCCAUGGAUUUUGUUGAAUUUAGGAUGUCAUGCAUACUUUUAUCUUUCUUUUACUUUGUUAUGUUGUUGUGCAUUGUGAAAGCUUCUGCUCCCAAACUUUGGAUACCCAUUAAGGCACUAAGUGUAUUAUGGUCCUUUGUUUUCUCUUAAUGUACAUUAAAGUAUUAAAAGUUUGA